AUGGAAGCUUGUGCAGCAAUUAUGAGAGAAAAUGUAGAUUUGAGUUCACAACUGAAUGAGCAAGACUUUCCUGCCCUCCCAAAAGCGGGGUUAUCUCGUCCUGUCAAAGCUUUAGGUGCAUUAAUACCUUCCUACCAAGCCAAAACUACGGAAGUCUUGGAAAUACCCUUUGAGGAAAGACGAUUCGUUAAUAAUGAAGACUAUAAUCUUUCAACCGGUAGAAGAUACAAUGUUCAGAGCAAAAUCUGUAUGGAAAUAGCAAGAGAUACAAAUGUUGAAAUGAAUUUGAACAGCUCCAAAAAUCAUAUUCUGACGGUCGUUAUCUCAGGAGAGCCAAGCAGAGUGGCUGAAGCUAAGAGAAGGGUGGUAGCUGAAUUACAACAACAGGAAACUGUUCGAAUUUCUGUUCCUGUUGAGUGUCGGGGUUAUUUAAUUGGUCGCAAAGGGGAGCGAUUACAAGAACUGGAGUCAUCUACGAUGACACGGAUAAGCAUUCCACCUCACAAUGCGCUUGAUCCAAAUGUCGUCAUUGUUACAGGUCCCAGAAGAGGGAUUUUAGAAGCAGAAGGCCUAAUAUAUGAAAUUGUUCACAAACAAUCCCAACAAGCGUUUGAACGUCUUUCGAUCCCAAAAAUUUACCAUCCUUUUAUAUGUGGGCCGAACAACCAGAUUGUAAAUGAUCUGAAGUCUCGAACUGACACUAAAAUCAACAUUCCUCCUCCAAAUGUAUCAGUCGAUGAAAUAACAGUUUCUGGCAAGCGCGAAGGUGUUGCACAAGCGGUUAAAGAGAUUCAAGCAAUAUAUAAUGAACGGCUUGAAACUACAAAGACAAUUACUGUUAAGGUUGCUAGAUCACAGCAUCGUAUCAUAUUCGGUCAGCGCGGUUCUGGAAUCGCAGAUAUUCUAGCUCAAACGGGUGUUUCCGUUGAACUGCCAGUGGAUGAUGGGAAUGAGGAGAUUGUUUUGCGAGGAAAACCCGAAGAUCUUGGACGUGCACUUACAAUGGUUUAUGAACGGGCUCAAAGCACCAUGACAGAAGAAAUUGAAGCACCUAAUCGCUUUCAUAGACUUUUAAUUGGAAGAGGAGGUUCUAAAUUAACAGAAUUACUGGAAGGAUACAAACGAGUUCAAGUAAGCUUUGGAGAUAACACCGACAGAAUCUCUGUUGAAGGUCCUUGUGAAGAAGUCGAAGUUAUUGUCGAGCGCUUAAAAAACCGCUUAGCAGAACUACAAGCCACUGUUGCUAUGGCGGCGGUAAAAGUAGAUCCCAAGUACUACCGACACAUAAUUGGUAAACAAGGAGCUACCAUUGGUCGUUUGCGUGACUAUAAAGUACGCGUUAGACUUCCUGAUUCAGAUCGAGGUGAUGCUUUCUCUGAUGAAAUAGUGAUUGAAGGCGAUCCAGUUGGAGUUGAAAAGGCAAAGCUUGAAAUUCAACAAUUGGUGGAGAGACUGGAGAAUGAGAAAUGCAAAGAUAUGAUUAUUGAUCCUCAUAUCCAGAAUUUGUUACGUUCAACCAUAAAUGGAACUUCUUAUAUUCGUACCAUUUACGAAACAUUCCCUCAAGUACGUAUUAUAUGGCCUGAAAGUGAUGCAAAUGAUUCCAUGUUUGAAGAAAAUCCAACUAAAAGUAUUGUUCAACUAAGAGGUGAUCGUCAGCAAGUCGAUGCAGCAAGUGAAAAGUUAAACAAACUUAUUAAAUUAGUGAAAGAGGAGAACUAUAUACAAGAGAUAUAUAUUUUCAAAGAGGUACGGUCUAGUUUUCUUGGACGUGAAUAUCCAAGAGUGCGUAAAAUUCUUGAAGAUACACAAACACGUCUGCAAAAUCCUAAUGUUGGUUCUAAUCCUGAAAUUUUCACUGUAAUUGGACGAGAGGAAAAUGUGCGCAGGGCAAUUGAACAGUUAGAAGAAUUACAAAAGAAACUGGCUACUGUUAAAGAAGUAACUGUUUCUAUACCAUCAGCUUUGACAACUAAAUUCGCUGGAGAUCAAGCUCCAAGUUUAAGGUCAAUUUGUGAACAGUGUGAAGGAGUACAUAUAAGAUUUGCAAAUAAUAAUAAUAAUAAUACUAAAGGACAAUCAAAUAAAUUAAGUCAUAUGGAGAUCAUUGUACUUGGACCAGAAAAAGAAGUUCAACAAGCAUGUGCGUUGUUAGAUCAACUCAACGCAAAAGUAUCACAAUUAUGUGCUGAGGAAAUUCUUCAUGCCAAUCCUAGGUUUCAUGGUAUUCUUAUAGGCCGACACGCAUCGAAUAUAACGCAGUUUCGUCGCCGUCAUAAUGUUGAAUUGGUGUUCCCUGAUCCGAAACGUGAAUUAGAAAAUGUUUUAAAAUCUUUGGAAGAUGAAGUGGAAAAAUCAAUUCCAGUUGAUCCAUCUAUAUUGAAAGGAAUUAACCAGUAUCGUCGUAAUUUCCCCAAUCCCGAUUUAGAAACUGUCCCUUGUGUUGAAACUGCAGCUCAAAUUUUGCAACAAAUUAUCAAAGAUAUGCAAGAACAAAUAGUUCAAGAAUUUCCUUUCACUGAUCCUAGUCAUAUUUCUGUAUUGGAACGUCAUCGUUCGCAUCUGCCGGAACUCGAACGAUUAUAUAGAGUGCAGAUUAGAUUUAGUCGUUCAUUUGAUAAUUCUGACUUCGAUAGUUAUUCAACAUUUGAUGAGAGAUCAGUUAAUCAAUCAGAGUUCCACCCUAUUUCUGGCAUUCUUGUGAUAACAGGCGUACAAGAACGUAUUAAUCAGGUAUUUGAAGAAGGCAUAAAACCUCUCCUACCAAUUGAAGAAACAUUCCCAGUUCCUCAGGAAUUUCAUCGUAAUUUAAUAGUUACUUCAUCAGAUACAACAACACGUGAGCAGUCACGUCGUUCAUUGCGUGGCAAUAAUAAUAGUAAUAUUAAUAAACGGAAUAAUAAUGUUUCUGAACAAGUGACAAAUACAACUGCAGAAACUUUAUCUAAAGCUAUGGAAAUUAAACAAAAGCAUUCUGUUAAUAUACGUCUGCCACCUCAACAUACUUCUGGUUCCGACUACAUUUUUUUACGUGGUACACCAGCGAAUAUAGAAGCAGCUAAAGCUGAUCUAACCGAAUGGUUACAACAAUGUGAACUAAUAAAAGCGGAUAAAAUUGCACGAAGUUAUGAAACAGUUGUAGAAUUUCCCUUUAGGUUCUUAUCAAGUAUUCUUAGCAUGAGAGCUGAUCUCUGCUCUAAACAUGAUGUUGGUAUUCGUGUAGACACUGGUAGUAGUAGUAAUAAUAAUAAUAAUAAUAAUAGUUCAGUAGUUCUAAAACCAUUACCACCAUCAUUGUCGUCAAUGCCAGAACAUUCAUCAGUUGACAACAAUACUACUGACAUCAGCGACGAUAUUACUUUCUGUAGUAUUUCAAAGCCUACAAUAGAAGACAAUAGCAAUAAUGAUAGUGACAAUAAUGAGAAUGAUGAAUUAUCAUCGACAGGAUUACCUAAAGAGAAACAAGCAAAAAUUAUUCUACGUGGUUAUCAGGAAAAUGUAUCUGCAGCGAAAAUUGAACUCGAGGACACUAUUAACAAAUUAUUAGCUGAAGUCACUGAGAAUUUAUUCAUUCCUGUAGAGACACAUGCUCGACUGAUCGGUGCUAGAGGUAAUGCUAUUCAGAAAGUCAUGCGAGACUACAAUGUACGCAUUGAAUUCCCUAGUAGACGAAAUAUCAAUAGCGCCAAUGGAGACGGUAAUACAGUAUUAGUAACGGGUGCACCAGAAGAUGUUGAUCAGGCAUGUGAUUAUUUGAUUUCCAAAGCAAAUGAAUUUAUUGCGCAAAGUGGUUUGUCCAAUACUAGGCAACGAUUGUUUGAAGAAGAAAUUUAA